CCCUGUCCUUAUUCCCCGAGUUUCUGCUGCUGCUCCGUGGGUGAACGAGAGUCCUUGGAAGCUUGGUUUCCAGUUCGGCAAUGGCGCUUGAGGCGUGGUUCAUGGACGACAGCGAUGGCGACAAGAGGCUCCCUCACCAUCGCAGCCCCCCAGAGUUCGUCUCUUCGGACCACCUGUCAGAUGUGGGGGUUCUGUACUGGAAGUUGGAUCCCAGUGACUAUGAGAACGACGAGGAGCUGCGCAAGAUCAGGGAGGACAGAGGGUACAAUUACAUGGAUCUGGUGGAUCUGUGCCCGGAGAAAGUGGACGACUACGAGCAGAAGCUCAAGAACUUCUGGACGGAGCACAUACACGGGGAUGAAGAGAUACGCUACUUCUUAGAAGGGAGCGGAUACUUUGAUAUCCGAGACAAGGACGACCGCUGGAUUAGGAUGUGGGUAAAGCCUGGCGACCUCAUCGUCCUGCCCGCCGGAAUCUACCACCGGUUCACUCUCGACACCAGCAACUACAUCAAGUUGAUGAGGCUGUUUAUUGGCGAACCCGUGUGGGCGUCUUUUAAUCGGCCGCAGGAAGACCACCCGGCAAGGAAGCAGUACACAAGAAGCUUGACCGAGAAAGCGGGCGCUGCGCUCGCGGCUCAUUAAUUCUCACGAGCUGCAAGGAAUGGCCGGCCACAUGCUCUUGGAAUGUACGCUGGAAUUACAUAAAGCUUCGUGUUCGGAUGUCGCCUCUCUAUGUAUUUAUCUGUACUUUCUGGAUUGCAAACUGAUGUUCUGAAAUACAAUUUCCCCGUAAUCCAGCUCUUGUUUCGGUC